ACGAUACCGUGCGUGCAUGCAUACAUAUCAUACCUCGCAUCACCUUCCGGAUAAAGUCGCCCGGAGCAAUUAUGGACGGACACCUGUGUGCGACAUUCGCCCAAUUCCCUCCUCGUGCCACCAAGGCCGGUUGUUCCACAACGGGAGCCCCAGGUAAUGAACGGCCGAGUUUCUCGUGGGAUCGCCCUGCCUACCUGCCUGCCUGCCUGCCUGCCUGUCGUACAGGUAACAAGCGACGGCGAGGUUGACGUACCGGUAGUGCGACUGAAAGUGGUAAGUGGGCGGUGAUGAUGAUUGCUGGUGGGUGGUGGUACGGCACAUAUUGGAAGGCAGGGGCAAGGGGGCAGGAAGCAAAAGACUAACUGCCGGUACUAGUAGGAUACUUGUGCAUUUGAUGCUCUGCAGCUCACCUUACUCGUCGUCCCAGGCCAGAGAAGCACCCGAACAACAGGGAUUUUGCGAAAUAUACGGUAUCCGAGCGCCAAUACAGACAAAAUAGACUUACACCCUCUCCCUCCUCCCUUGUUUCCGGGUACUUGUACUCGUAGCCCGGGACUGGGACCGUAAGUACUCCACCAUAACUUCUACUCAAGUACUAUAUACCGCGCUAUACUUCCGGGCUCCUUCUCAGCCCUGCGGUGAAGCGAGUGGGUGAGUGAGCGCCCGCACCGUACGGUAUAAUAAUACAAUAACCAUACCACACCAUAAUAUCAUCAUUUAAAAUUCU